CAAAGUGGUUCUACAUCGGCCGCGCAGCGCAGUCUUUCCGCUUGCUGUGGGGUUUCUUUAUCGCUUCAAGAUGUGCACUUGCACCUAUCUCCACUUAAACACUUACGUUCGCUAAAAAUGUCUCUAUAUGCUGUAGGGGUAUCCUUAUUCAGUGGACACGGCUUAGAAUGCCAUACAUGACGCCAGGCUACCGGCGGCAAGAGAGUGCGGGAUGAUUCCACGCCCCCAGAUUUAACCCCAGACUACUUCCCCGCAUUGGCAUGGUGUGCACGGGAGUAAAAUCGGCUACGACGAGCUUACGCUUGAUUGGCGCAGAACAAAUAUAGUUCAUGCUGAUCAUUGUAUAAGACGAUGAAAACGACUGGUAGAUUGUCUUGUAGACACCCUACGAUCUCGUCUCUCUACCCAGAGCAAACAUGGCGGAGCUAAGGAAACCCAGCAUCUCAGACGAGAAGGUCGAAGUCAUCAACGACACUGCUGGCACCCAUAUCGAUGCUUUCGCAGAGAAGAAGCUGCUGCGGAAAUGUGAUCUCUACGUAUUACCGCCGUUGUUUGUAUUGUUCUUGCUCGCCUUCCUCGACAGGACCAACAUUGGCAAUGCAAGAAUCCAAGGGCUCGAGGCAGACCUUGACAUGCACAACAAUGACUACAAUAUAGCGCUCUUCAUCUUCUUUAUCCCGUACAUCCUCUUCGAGGUCCCAUCGAACCUGGUCCUGAAAAAGCUCGCGCCAUCGACAUGGCUCUCACUGAUCAUGAUACUAUGGGGUGUUGCGACAGUUGGUAUGGGUCUGGUCAAAAACUUCAAAGGCCUGAUUGCUAUGCGUGUCUUGCUGGGAUUCUUCGAAGCUGGCUUGUUUCCCGGCUGUAUCUACCUCAUCUCCAUGUACUAUAAGCGCUACGAGCUGCAGUGGCGUCUGACGCUAUUCUUCACGGCGUCGAUUAUCGCUGGAGCGUUCGGUGGCUUGCUCGCUUUUGCAAUUGCGAAGAUGGAUGGAAUCGCAGGCUAUGGUGGCUGGAGAUGGAUCUUCAUCAUCGAGGGAAUCGCCACCGUCGUCAUGGGCAUCGUCACCAAGUUUUGGUGCACAGACUGGCCAGAAACAGCACGCUUCCUUACUGAAGACGAACGAGCACUGCUCAUUGCACGUCUCAGCGCCGACACUGGUGACGCUGUUAUGAACCGUCUUGACAUGAGGGCCGCUCGUCGCAUCUUCUCUGAUCCCAAGAUUUACUUGGGAGUUCUAGCAUACUUCGGUAUCGUCAACACGGGCUACGCUGGCUCUUUCUUCGUCCCGACUAUCGUCAAAGAGCUCGGGUACACGUCCUCGGUCGCGCAAAUCCGCUCCAUCCCAAUCUUCGUUGUCGCAACCGUGACUGCUGUUAUCGCAGCUUACGUAUCCGACCGUCUUCGAAACCGAUACUGGCUCACCAUGCUGGGCCUGGUCAUUGCGUCGAUAGGCUACAUCAUGCUGCUGGCUCAAAACAAUCUCUCUGCUGGCGUCAAGUACUUCGCAUUGUUCCUCAUCGUCCCAGGUGGCUACAUCACUCAACCCAUCGUCCUGGUUUGGAUGUCGAAUCUUGUAUCUGGACACUACAAGCGCUCCGUCAGCUCCGCUAUGCAGGUGGGCUUCGGCAAUAUCGGUGGCAUUGUGGCCUCGAAUGUGUUCUUCAAGACCGAGGCGCCGAAGUAUCCGACUGGGUAUGGUGUAAGUCUGGGAAUGCUGUGGAUCUGUGGUGCUGCUUGCACGGGACUGUUCUUUCUGGUCAAGAUUGAGAAUAAGAAGAGGGAUAAAGGGGAGAGGGACUGGAGGCUUGAGGAGCCGGAUGCGGAUAACCUUGGAGAUGAUCAUCCGCACUUUAGGCUGACUACUUAGACGAGGCUGCGAGACCCUUGUAGUAGACGUCCUCUGGGGUCUGUCACAAGCGUACGUAUUUGAAUCCAGCGAAGCCAUGUAAAUAUCGAUCCUUGAUAUCCUACGUGCUAAUCUUCUCGCAAACUGUUCUGGAGAGGUGUAGUCUCACCGCUACGCUUCCUUUUA